AGAAAGAGAGAGAGAGAAAGAGCAAAAGACAGAAAGAGAAAGAAAGAGCAAGACAGAAGCCAAGAAACAGAAGUCCCAAAUAUGAUUACUGUGAAGUUUACAACUAUGAAGAUCUAAACCAUCAGUAUUGGACAAAAAUACAGAAGAUUUCAGACCAUUCUGGAUGCAGCAUCUGUCCAACUUGUACAGCAGCCAUGAGCAGUUCCUGUGUGACACUGGCCGAGGUCCUGUGGGCAAAAGGAAGCCCUUUGGAAGAAGAAGAUAUAUGGGCACUCUUGUACCUUGCCACAGUGCAGCUUCUGGAAGACCUUCACAAAGACCCUGCCAUCUGUGUGCUUUGUCCAUGGUCAGUACUACUGUCUGCUGAAGGAAAUUUGUCCUUCCAAAACAAUGCAUCUCAGACAGAAGCUACCCCUUUCAGCGCACCAGAAUUACUUCACAGGCAGAACAAAAACCAGCGCAUCGGACUACCAAAGAUGUUGGUGUAUUCCCUAGGAAUGACCCUCUACUGGUCAGCAGAGUAUCAGGUUCCUCCAAACCAGGCCAGUAACACAGACAUUUUUGUUUUCUUGUAUUCUGUCUCAUCUUGGUAGGUUUACAGAUCGAGAGGCAUAACAUGAAGUCUCAGUAAGAGGGGGCUUCUUGUUUUGGACCACUAAGAAGAACAUGGC